CCGGUUUUAAUGUAGAUCUUCGCAUGCUCAUUUGAUUGAUGAAGCUAGUUAUCUGUUUUCCCUGUUUAUGGGCUACUUUAAGGUUUUCCUCAGACAGUCAUUCACGAGCAGCCCUGCUGCUGGCUGAUCUGAAGGAAUGCCGCAGUUGAGAAACGAACGCAGAAGCAAAUGAAUGCUUUUUUUUUUGUAAUUGUGAAAGGCUAGCUUGGGGGAAAGGAGCACGGGCUGAGAGAAUAGCUAUAACGCGGCAUUGUUUGCGCACAAACGCCGCAAAGUUCGCGACCGGCGAGCGCGCCCUUCAGAGGCUCGCGAAGCAGAUCGCUUUUGUUCUUAAACAGAUUGUGUGUGUGUGCGUCAAAAGGUGGACUUAUUUCCCUCAAGAGAAAUGAAUGCAAUGUAGCGCGCGCAUUCGCAGGGCUGGACAUUUCUGUUCGCUUUCAGUCUCCUCGAUUCUUCCCUGCAAUACAGACUCUGCCUGAACCGGACUAAAUGAGUGCCAGGACCUCGGAGAGACUGGCGCUUUCCAUUCCCCAUUGUGCCUUAAACGGAACCGCUCUGGCCGGCAAUGGCACCUGCUUUGACCGGGUGGAUCAGCUGUUCCAGGCGUUCUCCUCCACCGUCGUGCUUUUUGUGCUCAUCGCGAUGAUCGUUGGGAUAAUAUUCGUGUCCGUCACGACCUUCUACUUUCACAAAAGCAAGAUGAAAAAGCGCAAGAUUCAGAAAGCCCAGGAGGAAUACGAGCGCGACAACCGCAGUCCCAAAACGGCCAAAGGCAAGCCGGUGGUCCGGCAGUGCAUCAUGGUGAGACCCCCCGCGGCAGUGCGCAAAAGUGAUCCAAACACGGAAGAUCCUGGCGUGACAGAGGACAAGAGACACUCGGGACGGACCAAGGAUGAGGACUUGUUGGAAUCGGUCGCUGUGUCUUGAUAACGCAGUGCCAGCCUUUGGAGGACGUUGUAAAUAACCUCUGUAUUCCUAUGAUAUUACCUACGGAAUAUAUCGAUUCUUUGUAUAAGCAUUAGAGUUGAUAAGUUUUCAUCGUGGAAGAAAUCUAGGAUCGGUUUUCAGUGGUUUUUGAGAAGGACUGAGGGAGACGAAGGACUGCUGAUGGAAUUUCUAUCGUAAUUGUGAGCCAAUCCUAACGGGGUCGAACUAAGAGAGCAUUGAGUAAGAUCCUACUGGAUAAAAUGAAAUGACAAGGAAUUGAUCUAACUGGAUUUUAUUGAAUAUUAAUGGAAUAAGUACAAAUCAAUGCCAAUGAGAUUGACCAGAAACCCUCCACGAAUCAAAUAAACUUGUAAUUUCUUGGCGAACUGCAUAAGAUUUUAUUGAAUACUAAUUGAUGGGAUCAAAUGAGAAUCUCAUAAAAAUAAAAUAAUAAUAAUAAUAAUAAUAAAAGAAAAUUAUUGGAAAAAAAAAAUAAUAAAUCAAAUAAUUAAUCCAAAAGGAUCUUACUGAAUAUUAAUGAAAUUUCUAUCAUAAUUCCAAACCAGUCCUAGGAUCAAACAAGAGAAUAUGGCAUAUAUGAUCCUAUUGGAAAAGGCAGUCAUGAGUUAAUCUAACAGGAUUUUAUUGAAUAUUUAUGGAAUUUCUGCCAUAAUUAGGAGUCAAUGCAUAUGAGAUCCAACAGAAACCCUCAGGAGAAAAAUAAACUCCUGAGUUCUGGGAAAAAGACCUUAAUCAGUUAAUCCACUAGGAUUUUAUUGAAUUUGAUAAAAAAAUU